AUACACAGACAAGAAACAGUAAAGUACAGUACAUUGUUUUCUCGCGUGAUAUCAAAUGUCACUUACGGUAUUAGGCGUUUCCAAAGACCACAAUAUAUUGACUCAAAGGUCAGUCUGGUAUUUUGACAGAAAAAAAUGAAACAGGAAGUAUUCGUGUAGCCAGCUGGUGGUAAUUGUAGUUGAAUGAGCAGAGCUCACUGUGGCAGUGAAAGACGGACGUGCUGAGACAGAGAGAGCAAUUCACCGUGGAACUGUUUUCAUUUACAGCUUUUUAUGCCACGACGAGAGAAAUAGCUUACACUGACUGAAAGCGUAGGAAUAUAGUGGACUAAAGAAACACACUCCUGGUCCUUUUUUUAAUCUUAAAAAAAAAAGUAUACAUCCAAGCGACCCGAUAGCUUUCACACAAGGGCGUGUGUGGGUCUCGGGGAGCAGCGGCUCGCUUUUUAACCCUUGCAUGUUGGUACUGUAUAUAUUUGAUAUUUUUGCAUCACUUGGGUCCGGAGGAUUUGCUUGAGGAUGGGGUGUACCCUGAGCACGGACGAUAAGGCGGCAGUGGAGCGCAGUAAAAUGAUCGACAGGAAUCUGCGGGACGACGGGGAGAAAGCCGCAAGAGAGGUCAAGCUACUGCUUCUCGGUGCUGGUGAGUCGGGGAAGAGCACAAUAGUCAAGCAGAUGAAGAUCAUCCACGAGGCAGGCUACUCAGAGGAGGAGUGUAAACAGUACAGGGCUGUGGUCUACAGCAACACCAUCCAGUCCAUCAUCGCCGUCAUCCGAGCCAUGGGACGACUCAAGAUCGACUUUGGAGACGCCGCCAGAGCCGAUGAUGCGAGACAGCUGUUUGUGCUUGCGGGGUCGGCAGAGGAAGGCUUCAUGACGGCGGAGCUGGCCGGGGUCAUCAAACGCCUGUGGAAGGACGGAGGGGUACAGGCCUGCUUCAGCCGCUCACGAGAGUACCAGCUCAACGACUCUGCAGCAUAUUACUUAAACGAUUUGGACAGGAUAUCCCAAGCCACCUAUAUCCCGACCCAGCAGGAUGUCCUGAGGACUAGAGUCAAAACCACAGGCAUUGUGGAGACACAUUUCACCUUCAAGGACCUCCACUUCAAGAUGUUUGAUGUUGGAGGUCAGAGGUCCGAGAGGAAGAAGUGGAUCCACUGCUUCGAGGGUGUCACUGCCAUCAUCUUCUGUGUGGCGCUCAGCGACUAUGAUCUGGUGCUGGCUGAAGAUGAGGAGAUGAAUCGGAUGCAUGAGAGCAUGAAGCUGUUUGACUCCAUCUGCAACAACAAGUGGUUCACAGACACCUCCAUCAUCCUCUUCCUCAACAAGAAGGACCUGUUUGAGGAGAAGAUCAAGAAGAGUCCUCUAACUAUCUGUUAUCCAGAAUACGCAGGCUCCAACACUUACGAGGAAGCUGCGGCCUACAUCCAGUGUCAGUUUGAGGACCUGAACAAGAGGAAGGACACCAAGGAGAUCUACACUCACUUCACCUGCGCCACCGACACCAAGAACGUGCAGUUUGUCUUCGACGCCGUCACUGACGUCAUCAUCAAGAACAACCUGAAGGACUGUGGACUCUUCUAAGACCUGGAUUUAAUCGAUGGAAGUUUUCUGGCAGUGAAAAGCCAGCAUAAUGUGCGUUUUCGGGGAGAAGUUCACAAGAAUCUGAGUGGGGAGAAUCAAUUAUGGACCAUUGCUGUACUAUAUGCCACUUUUAACAGAUUUAUUUAUGUUUUUGUCUUGGAACAUUUUGAAUUAGCUUUUAAACAUUUGUGUUGGAUGUUUGUGUCACAUUGUAAAAUCAUUUUCACACAUUUUUUUUCUUUUUUGGAAGAGCAAGCUUGUUUUAUUUAGUUUGUUCCUUUAAGCCCUCUCUGGAAAAGGUAGCUUGCAUUAUGGUGGAAAUAUUCCUUUUCUCCCUCCCCAAUUGUUAGGUGAAAGGGAUUUGAUUUGAGCUCAGUUUGUUUGUACUUGUGCCUUUUGCAUGUCCUUUUUCUCUGCAGUCACUGACCAAAUUGCUAUUUUUUUUUUGCCUGCUGAAAUCGUUCCAACAUAAACGGUGAAACGUUUCCUGAGGGAUAUUAACACUCUUUUGUGCACAUUCCCAACCAAUUUAGUGGCGAGAUUCCUCGUGGUCCAAAGGUGUGUGUGUGUGUAUGUGUGUCUCGAUGGUGACCAACACAAGCCCUGCCCACAGGCUGUCCCAUACUGACAAAGGGAUGUGGUUUUUAACAGUACACCAUAUCCUAUGUGUAUCCAAUAUGAACCCUUAACCCAUGAGCUUACGCUAUGCUGUGGAAUGACAGAAUAGCUCAAUCUGAGUCAUAUUUUACUGUAUAUUUUAAGAUUUAUUUAAGGUGGCUUCGGGGACUUGGUCUCUGCGAUCACUGCAGAAUCACAAUUGUAAAGUAAAAUGAAUGGGGAACAAACACAUGGUUAUGGUCUUUAACCAGCCACAGCUGUCUGUGUGUUCUCCAACAGACAGGGAGCCUUUGUACACUCAUUCCCUUAUUUUGCUAAUAAAACCCUUUACAAACCA